AUGGCGUCGAGCGACUCCGAUGAUUGGUCACAUUUUUGCGCUGUCUUUUCCUGUGUCAUUUUUGUCCUGCUGGGAGUAGCCGGUGUGGUUGCCGGAUCCGUCCUCAUCGCACAAAAUCCCCUACCGUACGGUACUUCCUGGUGGUAUGGCGAAAACAGUACGUGGAACAGCUGGUGGAACGAACCCUACAGCGAGCAAUGGUAUUAUGGAUGGGGAGUGACCAUACUUGUGUGCGGACUAAUUCUCCUGGUUUGUUCUAUCGGCCUCGGGGCCUGUGCAAUGUAUACCGAACCCAAACCCGAACCCGAGGGUCCUGCUCAUCCAAAUGAACCCGGAUCGUAUGUACCUUAUCCAAGCACGUCAAAGGCCGGGCCGCCGCCACCAUAUAAAGGAUAA